GAAAUCACUACUCCUUUCCAGCAAAAAAAACAAUUUAUGAAAUCAAUCCUUAGACCUCAAUGCUAUCAUCGGUUGUGGCGGCUGAUCCACUAAUCAACAACUCAGUCCCGAUACCUAAAUCCUCUGUUAACGUGGACGAAUAUGCGCCUUCUUUACUGCAAAUUCCUUUAGUUCCAGUAUUCAUUGCAUCACAGUACGAAGAAAUUGAGGUUGAAAAAGAAAUUAAAAACGGAGAAGAAAAUAGUGAAGGAUUAGCUCCACCCGACGAAGAAAAUCAUAAAAAAGUUGGCAGGCCUUAGCAUGCAAAGAGAGAGGGGUUGUUUAGUUCCCACAUCAGAUAUGAGGGUUUGUUUAUAUGAUCUAUCCUCACCUUAUGAGCGAGCUUUGAGGUUGAGUUACGCCCAAGGUUGGCCGGUUGAAGACAUAAUUAGAUGGAACCCACAUUCUGGAGCCUGUGGGUCUUGAAGAGCACUUAAGACCAGGAAUUUCUACUCCAAAACAAUCUGUAGCAAAUCCUGGUACCACUAUGCUUGAAGAGGGUAGUGGCAGUUGCAGAAUAUCUAAUUCAGAUGAAAGAAGAGAAAAGAAUGAUUCAAGCUUGGAUGGAAAAAGAACGGUCGUGCUUUCUGAUCCUCAAGCUCUUAGAUACAGUGGGAAAAGGAUAACCCAUGAAAUCCAGCCUUUUGAGCAUAAAGUAAGUGCUGAUAUAGUAAAUAGUGAUGCUUCUAGCAAGGAAGUUAUUGGUGCCCAAUUCUCUGAAGGAGGAGGUCAUCAAGAAGCGUCGGAGGAUUUACGACCAACGUCAUCAAGGUUGGAUCUUCCAAAGAUUAGGCUAAGAAGUUUGUCCCCAGCUGAUGAUUCUAGUGGUGGAAACAAAAGAUCAGCAGAUAGAAGUGAGUUUUACUCUAGAAGUUGGUGCGUCAAAGGAAGGGAUCCUCUAACUAGUGAUGAUAAGGACGGUGUUUUAGAUGCUGCAAAGAUGAAAAGCAAACUCAUAGAUGGAGAAGGUUCAAAAAAUACCACUGAAAGACUAGCAGCAGAUUGUAUUUCUGAUUUGGCAACAUCUGCUGUUCGAUGUGGAGAAAAUCAAAGGUUGAAUAGUGACAUUGAAUUGCAUAUGCAUAGUGAUGAGCAUCGGUCAAACAUGCUGUUUAGAGACAUCGGAAGGGAGACUCUUGGAUGUAAAUCCUACUUGGCUGGUUAUGGAAGCUCUUCAUCACUAUUACUCAAAAAUGAUUCUCUUAAUAAAGAUAGCUGUCAUAGUGGACUGCUUCUAAGUAGCUCAGUACUGUCAUCUUACAAGUAUCAGAACGCUGAAGUUCUGUCUUAUAGCUCAGUUUUGGACGACACGAGUUAUAAGAGGACCCAGCUUAUGCUCGGAAAUCAUCAUUAUCCACACCUGAAUCACUCUGUGGAUAGGUGGCCUUCUUAUCUUACUUCUUCUUCAAACCUAGGUCCGGUUGGUGAUCAGAAGCUUUUAGACCAUAGUCGAGAAUAUUGUUCCUCUAGGUCAAUCUCAAACAAGUCUUCAGCACUUCCUGGUUCUGUAACUGAACCUUUCUCUUGGACUGAUUUAUCAAGGGACAUGGAACACUCACGUGAUUAUAAGACCAAGGUGUAUUUUGAUGACUGGAAGCCUUCUGUGCCUUUUCAACCAUCAACCUUUCUUAGUCAAAUUAUUCCCACUCCAGAAAGUCUGUAUGAUCCGAUUCGUGAUAGCAUUGAGCAAACCAGCGCAGCAGAGAAAGAUUUGACUGCUGAUGAAAGAGAAACAGCUGAUAGAGCUACAGCUCAUCAAGAAAACGUGAAUACCUCUUCAAAAGAAGAAAAGCACCCAAGAUCAGUUAACCCCAGAGGCCAAAAAAGGACACAAUCAAAAUUAGAGGGGCCCAGACACAACUAUGAAAUUGAUAAUGACUUUAGGAGAGAUGGAUCUGUGAACUAUGAAUCAGGAGUUUUGAAGCAUUUUCGUGCUGCUCUUGUGGAAUUCGUCAAAGAAUUGCUGAAGCCAACUUGGCAUGAAGGUCUCUUGAUUAGGGAUGCAUAUAAGAUGAUUGUUAAGAAAUCAGUAGAUAAGGUCAUUAACUCUUUGCAACCUGAUCAAAUUCCUGAUACGACUGAAUCCAUUAAGCAGUAUCUCUCUGUUUCUAAGCCAAAAGUAGCUAAGCUCAUUGAGGGGUAUGUGGAGAAAUAUGGAAAAUCUUGAGAUGAAUUUUGCUCUACGUGCUGCCAUCAGUCAGGAAUUGGUGAAACACGUCAUUGUGGGACAACUUUUGUUUCUACUAAGGGGCUAGAAUCAAAAUGUUAAUUUUGCGUAUGGAUUUCCUCUUAUAAGAUAAGACCUUUUUUGCUGCCUUUAUGGCUCGAAAGUGUUUGGAAUCAUCUAUGUUUACUUGGUAAUAGUUUGAUUCAAUCUUGGUAGGGAAAUAAUAUUUGCUAAUGUGUCAUCAUCUUCGCUGGAGUCAACUACUAGAUUACUGCUCCUGUCAUACUUAUCUCUGUGCUUUUUCCUCAUUGGAUGCUUUGGCAUUGAGAAGGAAGGAUGUAUUUAGAUGCAAUAGGCCGUGGAGGAGACCACUGAUAAUCCAGGAAUCUUCAAUCUGACGUCAACAGCUAGUCUCACAAUCUGGCACUCACGUCAUGACAUUGUCAUUGUAUACUCCCGCAAGUCGGAAGGCGGUGGGAAAACGAGGAGGACACGGCGUGAGAUCUAUUAGCAGCCAAUUCUCCAUACAAAUAGAGGCAUCUAUCAGAAAGAUAAUUUGAUGGCUUUGGCGUGAGGUCUCAUUAGCUCGUAUAAGGCUCCAGCUCUGAAGCGUAGUUUGUGCUCUUUGCACUUUUAAAAGUUAGGAAACUAAAACAUCUUAAUAGUUGACGGAAGGUAAUAAAGAUGAGUAGGAGCAGAUUGUGCCUUUGAAGAAAAACAAACACGACGGUUCCUUAGUUGUCAACUUCUUUCUCCGUGGUUACAUGAAGUAGAUUGGGAGGUCUUUCAUCCCUUGUCUUUGGAUAGGGGAAUAUGUCCUCAUAAAAUCUUUCUCCAUUCAACUUAGCUGGUUAGAUAUUGACUAGUGCAAGUAAUACAUGAAAUAAACUAGCAACCAUAGUUCGUGACAAAGUAUUGGAUAGCAAGCAAGGAUACUUUUGUUUGCUUCUUCUCCACUAAGCAUGGGAGUUUAUGGAUAACUAUAGAUCAGUGGUUACCUAGUGACCUUUAAUUUGAUCCCCUUGAGUAAGAGACAUCCACCUCAUCGGGGGAGAGGUUCACUAUGAUGGACGGUUCUUGACUGGGGAACGGAGGUUUAGGUUUGAGCAGCUUUUUGUUCAUUCAAUCCUUAGAUAAGGGUGUAAUGGUAAAUUGUGCUAGACAUUUCUUGUACUUUGAAAAAUAAAGUAUUCCAUGUGAGGAACAACUAAACUACUAGAUUUGUUGUGCAUAUGACCUUUUCAAUGGCCAUAGUAACCAAUUUUAACAGAUAGGAUAUCUUAAGAGCUUGAAGUACUGCAUGGGAGAUUGAGGCAAAAAUACGCAAAGUGAUUUCUUCCUUUCUGCCUAAAUCUAGGUGGACAAAAUUACUUGGCAUCCUCGUUGAUGGGAGUGUGUGCAAGUUGGCUCGAACACCAUCACAAAUUUUUAAAAAUACUUUUGUAACAGGUAAAAAAGAGGUCAUGUGGAAUUUGGUUGUUAUAGUUACACUAUUUCUCUAUGUUGAUAGAACUGUAAUGUUGAUAGAACUGUGGAUUUUAUAUUGACAUGCUGACCUUUUGAGUGGUUACUCUGCCAAGAACAGUGCAAUAGUAUGGUCAGAUGCAAUGGCAUUCUCUGGUAUCCCACCUUAUCUCGCGUACCAAACGACCCCUAAGAGAUAAUUGGAGAUUUUGGCUUGAAACAACAGGAGUUUUCUUGAGCCUUUGCUUUUAUAACAUGGCAAUGACAUGGUUUGCAGUAGAACUAGUUACUGAGCAUCGUAUGACAUGUAACCAUGUGCAAACGACAUUACAAGCGACAUUAACUGUUCUUUUGGCUUGAAAGCAAAGGUCAAUAGCGCAAUAAAGGGCCUAGAUGAUGCAUUGCAACUUCUUAGUUAAUCUAAGUUGGUGUGGCUUUUGGCUAACUCAUCUUAUUUUAGUUGGCUCUUGAUUUGUGGAACUUAAAAAUCCUCCUGAUUUCUGUAUUUAUUGCAGUUAUGCCCAUUAGGUUUCAUAAAGCAUGACAAACGUUGUGAAAUUCAAAGAUUUUAUAAUGAAUCUUAGCCAUAAACACUAAAUUCUUCUAAAGAACUUGUAUUGCUUUGUUGCUCAUUCUAUGCUUCUGUUAGUUUUAAUGUGUAGAAUUGCAGAAGAAUAAAAUUUCCAUUUAUAUUAUUGGAUUGGACAUAGUUCCCCAGAGGCAGUGUUUGAGGAAGCAGUAGAUCCUAAGCCACAAUAGGCGAUGAAGGAGCAACGGACACUGCUGAGGCAUCAUAUUUUGAAGGGAUCACCGGAGAUUGAUAGAGUAAGUUACUUAAGUCAGCUACCUAAGAAGGUAAUGAGUAGGGAAUCCUAUCAAAAUUGUCGAACUCACUCUUAUCAUAUGAAAAGGGAAUUUCAUAGUAUUACAAUACUUUAUCUGGCUCAGACAGAAAUAGGAUUCAGUGGCUAUGUGCAUAUACUUUGGAAGAGUAAGACAUCUCUCAAAGGGUCCUGCUUUGGAUGGAUAGCAAAUUCAUAAGCUCGUCUGAUGCAGAAACAACUUUCGGAAAGAUCUUCAGCAGAUGUAUAUGUAUAGGAAUGUUACUGUUGAUACUAAUCGUUUAUUUCUGCAUUGUGCAGAUUCUGUCAGACAGCCCGCGUAUGUAUUUAUCUCACUCUUUAGUCUUACAUAGGAUCAUUUUUAGAACUGUCGGCAAAGUCUUAACAAGCUAGAGGCAUAAUGAUGUGGACACAUUGCAAAACAGUCGCUGCAGCAAGUAUAUAGGCUAGUUGGAUGGAGAAAAACCUGAAAUAUGUAAAUGCUAAUGAUUUGGACUUUUUUUUAGCACCCUGUGUAGUAAAAGGGGCUACACUUUUAUAACAAUUAUCAGUAGCACCCACUUGUUGCUGCGUUGUGUCAAUGGAAAAGUUUCUAUAUCCC